AUGUUUUGCGGUUUAUAUGUAGUACAAUGUGAAGCUAAUGUGGUUGUAGCUCUGUUAAAAAAAUCUCAUAGACGAUAUGGAAAUUCUCUUAUUCAUCCAUCUGUUUUGGAUACUCAAGAUCCAUUAUUAAGAAGUUUUGCUGAUCUUAAAGAUGUCUUAAAUAGUGUUAGCGAUUUGGCUGAAAUUAAUCCUAUCAGUUAUCUUAGUCCGUUCUUGGAUGUUAUAAAAAGUGAGCAUACAAAUGGUCCUGUUACAUCUCAAGCUAUUAUUAGUGUUGAAAAAUUUGUUAAUUAUGGAUUAAUUGAUGAUAAUAGUAUAAAAGCUUCGAUAGCUGUAGAAAGUAUAACACAAGCAAUAACUAGAGCCAAAUUUAUGGGUGGUAGUGAUAACGGGAGUGAUGAAUGUGUAUUAUUAAAAAUAGUGCAAGCCUUAAGAUCGUUAAUUAUGUCUAAAUAUGGUAGAUUAUUGUCAGAUGAAUCUGUUUGUGAAAUGAUUCAGUCAUGUUUCAAAAUGGCUUUUGAAUUAACUUUUUCUGAAUUAUUAAGAAAAGUUUGUGAAAGUACUCUUAUGGAUAUGACACAGGUAAUAUUCAAUAGACUGCCAAGUUUUGAAGAAGAUGUUAGAAAUCUAUAUCCUCAUAUGCUUCAUGCAAGAAUAAAAAAGAAAAAAAAGUUAGGUGAAAAAAAUUUUGGACAUAAGGAGUUUUUAAAUAAUAUUCCAAAAAAAGUGGAAGAAACAGAUUUUUUAGAAGCUGAAGAAGGAAAAAUAGUUGAUGAAAAUGAUAAAUUACUCGGUGAUGAAGGAACUAAACAAAAUUUAUGUGAGGAUAUUGAUGAUGGUAAUGUUCCUGAUGCAGAGAAUGAUGACAGCUCCGGAGGAUCUAGUGAUGCUGAAAUAGAAAAACAUAAUCAUGAAGUGCUUAAUGAAAAAGUUGCUGCUAUAAAAGAUCAUAAGAAAAUUGUAUAUAGUAGUGAUUCUGAAAUGUCUGAUACUCCACAAGUUAUUGACAUUAUGGAUCAAGAUGUUAAUGGAGAACCUGUAAAUAAGAAAUCCGCUUCCAAACAACAUACACCGUAUGGAUUACCAUGUGCAGCAGAACUUUUACGUUUUCUUGCUACAAUAUCUAAUCCUUUGAACAAAGAUAACACUGAAAAUAUGAUACUUUUAUCAUUAAAUUUACUAACUGUUGCUUUAGAAGCUGGAGCAGAUUAUUUUGCUAACUAUUCAAGACUCUUACCACUUGUUCAAAACGAACUUUGUCGAUCUUUACUUCAGAAUUUGGAAUCAGAAAAAUUACCAAUUCUUGCUGUAACAAAUAGAGUUUGUUUCCUUCUUUUUGAAGCUUUAAGAACUCACUUAAAGCUUCAGAUGGAAAUGUAUUUUCAAAAAUUAAGAAAUAUUGUUCUAGCUGAACAAAAAGUCACUUAUGAGCAAAAGGAAAUUGCUCUUGAAUCAAUUGUACAUAUGUGGAAGAUACCAGGUUUAGUAACUGAGCUUUACUUAAAUUAUGACUGCGACUCAUAUUGUUCAAAUCUUUUUGAGGAACUAACAAAAUUAUUACUUGAAAAUGCCUUUCCAGUUAAUGGUCUCUUAUCUACAAAUAUUUUAUCUUUAGAUGCUUUAUUAGCUGUAGUUGAAACUAUUGAUGGCAAUUGUCUUCAAAGACAGGCAAAUAAUGCUGAAUCUUCAAAUUUACCUUUAUCAUAUACCCAAAUUAGACCAAAUCGUAUGUCUUCAUCUGAAAAUAUACCAUCUUUAUCACAAGUUAUUCACCAAAAAAAGCAAAAAAAGAUUAUUACAGAAGGAACAGAAUUAUUUAAUCAAAGUCCUAAAAGUGGUAUCCAAUAUCUUAUUGAAAAAGGUGUGCUUUCAUCAUCAAUGAAUCCUACUGAAAUAGCUCAUUGGAUUCGAUCAAAUCCAAGGCUAGACAAAAGAAAGAUAGCUGAAUACAUUUGUUCUAGAGAGAGAAAAGAAAUUUUAAAGGCAUUUGUUGGUUCUUUCAAUUUUACAAAUACCCGUAUUGACGAUGCUUUAAGACAAUUUUUGGAAGCUUUUCGUCUUCCUGGAGAAGCAGCAGAAAUUUCUAUGGUAAUUGAAUUGUUUUCAGAAUUUUGGCACUUAGCAAAUAAUGAACCUUUCAAUCAUGUUGAUGCAGCUUUUACAUUAUCAUAUGCUAUUAUCAUGUUAAAUACAGAUCAACAUAAUCCGGUUGUAGGUAAAAAUCAACAAAGAAUGACUGUUGAAUGUUUUAAAAGAAAUCUAUCAGGAACAAAUCAUGGAGAAGAUUUUGAUGGACAAAUGCUAGAAAAUAUUUAUCAUACUAUUAAACAUAAUGAAAUUGUCAUGCCUGCUGAACAAACUGGUGCUGUUAAGUUGGAUUAUGAAUGGAAAUUGUUACUAAAAAGAAUGAAUAGUAAUGAAGGAAAAUUUCUUCAUGCACCUGUUGGUUGGAAUGAUCAAGAUCUUUUUAGCAUUAUAUGGGGUCCAGCUACAGCAUCACUAAGUUUUAUUUUUGACAAAAGUGAACAAGAAAGUAUCACAGCUAAAAGUUUAAAUGGUUAUAGAAAAUGUGCUUCAAUUGCUGCUCAUUAUGGAAUGUCUGAUGUUUUUGACAAUCUCAUCAUACAUCUCUGUAAAUUUUCAACCCUUUUAUCUCCAUCUACUGAUUCAUCAGAUGAAAACACAUCUGGAAGUGGUAGAACAACAACUAUCAAAGGUUCUGUUGUUCCUGAAACACCUGAAAAUGUUACUGUAGCUUUUGCUGAAAAUAUGAAAGCUCAACUUGCUACUAAAACAAUGUUUCAACUGGUUCAUAUACAUGGAGAUAUUCUAAGAGAAGGAUGGAGAAAUGUUCUUGAAUGUAUUGUUUAUCUUUUCAAAUUUGAAAUGUUACCAAAAGUUUUAACGGAAGUAGAAGAUUUUGUCUCUCCCACAAAAGUUAUUUCUAUUCAAAGAAAAAAAGAAAAUAAGGAUAAAAAAAAUGCUGAUCAUAGUCUUUUAAGUUGGUUUGGUUUAGGUUCUAGUAAUUAUGAUUCAUCAUAUGGAGGUAGGACAAGUAAAGAGUAUAAAGAAUUGGUAGAAGCCGGUAAACAAAUCAUUGUUGAUUGCCAUCCAGAACAACUGAUAACGGAUGGUAAAUAUUUAAGAACAAGUGCGUUAGUUGAGUUGUUAAAUAAUAUUAUUGCUAUAAGUAUUAGCAUUUAUGAUGAUGACUAUUAUGAAGGAGAUGAGAAAAAAGUUGUCAAAUUAAAUUAUAAAGAUGAAGAUUCAAUGAUUCUUUUAUUGGAAAUCAUGAUAUCAGUAACAUUAGAAAAUAAGGAUAGACUUACUUCAAUAUGGCAUUUAGUUAAAAGGCACAUUGAAUGGUUAUUAAAUACUUUUGGAAAAAAUACUUUUAUUGUUGAAAGAGCAAUUGUUGGUUUGUUAAGAAUUGCCAAUAGAAAUUUAUAUAGAUUAAAGGAUGAUAUAGCUAAUGAAGUUUUACAAAGUUUCAACAUUCUUUUGUAUCUUAGGCCAACUGCAUUCUUUUUAUUUUCUAAACAAAUUUCUUUUGGUUUACAUGAUUUAUUGAGAUUAAAUGCUGCUAAUGUUCACAAACGCCAACAUUGGGAAGUUAUUUUUUCUCUUAUGGAAGCUACUGGAGCUGCAAAUUAUCCCAAAGAAUCAAUUAAAAGUGAUCCUAUUAUUAAUCAUACUACAAGAGAAGUUGUUAGUGAUACAGAAAAUACUAAUAUUAUUAAAGACAUGUCAAUUGAUAGAGGAUAUACUUCAGAUAAAGGAUUAACUGAAAUUGAUGGAAAGUGUAGCCUAUUUCAGGCUGACAGUCAAUUGUCUAUUGGAUCAAAUAGUGAUUGGGUUAAAAUUAAAGAUAAGAAAUUUGAUAGAGAAACAAUUGUUCUUGUUUCAGGUUUAGCUAAGCAUGAUUCGUUAGCUUUUCUUAAAGUUGGUGAAAUAUUAUCUUUUCUUGUUAGAGAUUUUGUUCAUAUAACACCAGAAAAUUUUGAUUCUUGUGUUAAAUGUAUUAGAUCAAUGACUGAAGCUGGAAUGGAUGGUGGUUUUAAUGCUGUUGGAACAAUUGCUCUUGAUGGAGGAAAGAAAUUUGGCAACCCCGAUGAUAAGUACGCUUCUAGUGAAAGUAUUAAUUCAACAGGCUCUGAUAAACAACAACAAUCUCAAUUAAGUGAGGCAUACUAUUAUACAACUCUCCAACUUCUUGAACUUUCAUAUUCACUUCAUAUAAAGGCAUAUAGUUUUUUUAAAGCUUGGUCUGAAUCAGACAAAGCAAUUGAUUCAUCUAUUCCACAUCUUUGGAAAUCAUGUUGGUGUCCAUUAUUACAGGUUAUCGCAAGAGUAUGUUGUGAUUGUAGAAGGCAAGUCCGAACUCAAGCAAUUAAUACUCUUGUUCGAGCAUUUUUGAUUCAAGAAUUAGGAAGUUUAACUUCAACAGAAUGGGAAAGUUGUUUCAAUGAUAUUCUCUUUCCAUUAUUGACAAAAUUGCUUGAAAACAUAUUCCCUAUGGAUCCAAUAGGAAUGGAGGAGACUAGAGUUAGAGCAAUUCAAUUGGUAUGUAAAGUAUUAUUAAAUCAUCUUAAUUCACUUCAAUCUUUACCAAGUUUUAUUAAUUUAUGGAUCAAAUUAUUAGAUUCAAUGAAAAGUUAUCUUUUAACUGAAAGAUGUGAAAUGUUAGCUGAAGCAGUUCCAGAAAGUUUAAAAAAUAUGAUUCUUGUUCUUGAUAGUAUUGGUACAUUUGAGGCAAAUAUUCAAUUUUAUGAGAUGACCAGGAAGAAAUUAGAUGAAUUUUUACCAGAAUUAGUUAAAGAAGUUAUGAAUAGAGAGAUUGAUAGAUCAAUAUCUCUACCACAAUAUAAUGUUUAA